AUGGACUCAAAUGUCAAGACAUCUGAGUUCUCUGAUGCUAGUCCUACCCUGAACGGUGCCAAAGGAGGAGCCUUUGAUACAAAGGGGGUGGAACACUUGUACGAACCAAUUGAUACGUACGAAGGAAAACACAGAUGGGACCCUGAAUUCGAAUGGGAGCCACAGGAGGAGAAGAAACUUGUUCGGAAGAUUGAUUUGCGUAUCUGUUCCUGGGCUUGCAUCAUGUUCUUUGCCCUCCAGCUGGAUCGAGGAAACAUUAGCCAGGCGCUUUCGGACAAUAUGCUUGACGACCUUAAAAUGAACACAAAUGAUUACAACACGGGCAUGACAAUCUUCUAUGUUUGUUUCCUUGCAGCGGAGCUACCAUCGCAAUUGAUAUCGAAGAAACUCGGACCCGACCGAUGGAUACCAGUUCAAAUGCUCUCCUGGAGUCUUGUGGCAGCUUUGCAGUCACUUUUGAGUGGACGAAGUUCUUUUCUCGUCUGUCGUGCUUUGCUAGGCCUCAUUGAAGGUGGCUUCAUUCCCGAUAUGAUUCUCUAUCUGAGCUACUUUUACACCGGAAAAGAGCUACCAACCCGGCUCAGCGGUUUCUGGACAGCCUAUCAAUUGACCUCGAUUAUUUCAUCCUUCCUUGCGUAUGGUCUGCUUCAUAUGCGUGGAUACCACGGCAUGAGUGGUUGGCGAUGGCUCUUUGCCAUUGAAGGAUGUCUCACUGGGCUGAUUGGUAUAAUCUCAUAUUUCUAUAUGCCUCCGUCGCCGACGCAAAGCGCUAGCUUCUUCCGUGGCAAAGACGGCUGGUUCUCUGAACGAGAGGAGAAAAUCAUGGUUAACCGGGUCUUGCGUGAUGACCCUGGAAAAGGUACCAUGCACAAUCGCCAAGCAGUUACGCCACGGCUGCUCUGGCGCAGUCUGAAAGACUACGAUAUGUGGCCAGUUUAUCUACUCGGUCUCAGUUGGGGUCUGCCAAAUAAUCCCAUGACUUCCUACUUGACAUUGCAGUUGCGAUCGGUUGGCUUCAAUACAUUUAAUACCAAUCUUUUGACGAUUCCGUCUAGUGUCAUAUUUAUCAUAGGUCUGAUAACUUUCACCUGGAUUUCAGAGAAGACCAAUCAGCGAUUUCUCCUAGUCCUGGCUGGUCAGAUAUGGUUCUUUCCUCUCGUGAUCACGCUUGAGGUUCUUCCUGCUGAUUCCGGACCAUGGGUUAAAUGGGUCUUGUGUACUCUGCUGGUGGGAGGCCCCUAUAUUCAUGCCAUCCUGGUGGCUGUCACAAGUCGAAACGCUGGGUCAGUUCGAACACGCACAGUGGCAUCAGCUUUGUACAAUAUGUGCGUUCAGACAAGCAGCAUUAUCGGAUCAAAUAUUUAUCGAAAUGAUGAUAAACCUCUGUAUCGGCGUGGAAACAAAGCCCUCAUCGGCAUCUGCGUGUACAACAUGUUCCUUAUUGUUGGUAUCAAGUUUUACUACGUCUGGAGGAACAAUGUCCGUCAAAAGAAAUGGGAUUCGAUGAGCAGGGAAGAGAAAGAACAUUACCUUCUCACGACCAAAGACGAAGGAAACAAAAGACUGGACUUCAGAUUUGCGCAUUAA